UCUGUUUGUCAUUUGCUGUCCAAUUGUUAAUUAAAUAAUUCAGUGUGGUUCGGUGUGCGGUUACUAGAUUUUGUUGUUAUUUUUGUUAGCAUAUCGGAGCAACACAAGAGCUGUAUAUAAAAACCAUAAACGCGUGUGACAUACCAUAGACGAUUUAGUUUAGCGGACCUGGAACAUCAAAAGCAGAGCUAACACCCACAUACUUCGCGUUCGAGUUCGCAUACACAAUAACACAAUUUAUAUUUUCCCUAGAUUACUUUGCUCAUUUGAUGACAAUGAUUCCAGCAAUAACAUCUAAUGACAAAUUUCACAAUGUCAUUAUCAGCACAGGGAAUAUUCUCAACUUGAACAAGCAAUUGGGUGGAAAGUCAACUGAUGAAAUCCUAGGCGGCUUAAAAUUGACAUUACAAUGCCCAAAAGCGGCUGCUCAGGUUGAAUUAAUUGAAGCAGAUGGUAGUAUUUUACGCGCAAGCGAAGAAUUGGAAAAGAAAUUAACAGAAAAUAAUCGAUCAGAAAUAAGUAUUGGUGCAAAAAUAUUUUUGAACAAAAGCUCUAGUUCGUUCGUUGAACAGGCGAUAAGAACAUUACUACAAGUACUUAAAGUAGAGCACGUGGAUAAUGUAGUUUUGGCAUAUCAUCCGAAAACUGAAGACAACGCAUCACAAAGCAACAGUAAUGAAAAUAUAGAUCAACUGCGAGAGUUGUGGACAUCAUUAGAACAAUUUGCACAGGAAAAGAAAAUUACACAAUUGGGUAUAGCCGAUUUGGAUAUCGAUCAGCUACAGCAACUAUAUACAACAUCUAAAGUUUAUCCAACUAUUGCACAAAUUAAUUUGGAAUCAUGCUGUGUUGUACCACCUGCAUUACAAGAAUACUGUACUAAACACGAUAUUCAGCUUUUAACACAUAGCGAUCCAGAAAUUUUGCUGCCAGAUGAACAAUUCAUUUUACCCGGUUACCAGGUGGAUUGGGCCCUUCGUUAUCAAGUACAUGUUCGUUGUCGCGGGGUAAUCACUGCAAAAGGUUACAUACUCGGCGCAUGUAAACAAGUUCAAACACAAACUUCCGAAGCUGUUUGAAUGCAAUUAAUAGCUCAACACAAACGAGGCGGGUGGAGGGGCAAUAGUAGGCGGUAUUUGUUGUGUGUGUUGCUGUUGCAUAGAAAUACUGGUGCCGUAUUCAUGACUACAUUUGUGCACAUACUUUAACCAUAAUAAUAUUAUUUUUGGCUUAACUAAAAACCAAAUAAGUGUUAUGGAAAAUGUAGUAAAGGGAACUGUUGGCCUUAUUGGGCGAUGUGGGCUAAGUUUUAUCUAUAUUACUUUUUUUUAUUGAAAACAAAACACACAUUCUACAUGCUUACAAACUUGUAUAAAACGAGCAGUUUGUUAACUAUAACAUUGCAAUUACAUGUUAAAAGCGAUUGAAGGAUUUAAAUUUACUCUAUUUAUACACUUUUUGUAAUUCUUAUUGCGGCUAUGCGUAAAAACUGUAAUUCGUACAUAUGUAUACAUAGGAUGAAGUAUUUAAUAUAAUGAAAGCUAUAUUGAGGCAAUGCGAUCAUAUAACAUGCGUAAAUGUCUAAAACAAUACAAAAGUAAAGAGAGUAAAUAUUUAAGCUGUGAAUAAAUCAAAAAAUAUGUGCAAAGAAUUAUAGAAGUACAUUGGAUAUGUUAAUUUAAAAAUUGUUAUGCUGCACUAACUAAAAAACUGAACUGGUCUUUUUUGAAACUAAAACUUAAAUAUUUUUUUUUAAUACGCAUUCUCCUUUUAGUAUUGAAAUAUUUGUUGAUUAAAAAGUUUUAUUAAUAAAAUUUAUUGUAUUUAUUGGUAGAAUACAAACCGGCAAGCAAAUUGAAUAUUUACAAUAAAAAGUUUCUCAACUGUA